GCAGUGUGAGAGAGAGAGAGAGAGAGAGAGAGAGAGAGAGAGAGAGAGAGAGAGAGAGAGAGAGCGAGAGAGAGAGAGAUAGCGACAGAGCGAGAGAGAGAGAGAGACAGAGAGAGAGACAGAGAGAGAGAUAGCGAGGGCUGAACGGAAAGCAACAUCAUCGCCUUUUCCACCCAGCAUCUUCACCAACCAACACCGAACUCGAGUGGAAACACACACAAGUACACUCAGACUGUCCUCCGGUGUCCAGAGUUCCCCCUUCUCCUCCUCAAAAUGUCCGUGGGCAGUGACUUUGGAAACCCUUUAAGAAAAUUCAAACUCGUCUUUCUGGGGGAGCAAAGUGUUGGAAAGACGUCUCUGAUCACACGGUUCAUGUAUGACAGCUUUGACAACACAUAUCAGGCCACAAUUGGAAUUGACUUCCUCUCGAAAACCAUGUACUUGGAAGAUCGAACGCUUUCUCUCUCUGAACCCCAGGUGAGGUUGCAGCUCUGGGACACGGCGGGACAAGAGCGCUUCAGGAGCCUCAUUCCCAGUUACAUACGGGACUCCACUGUGGCCGUGGUGGUCUACGACAUUACAAAUGUUAAUUCAUUCCAGCAGACGUCAAAAUGGAUCGAGGAUGUGAGAACAGAGAGAGGAAGUGAUGUCAUCAUUAUGCUGGUCGGCAAUAAAACAGACCUGUCCGAUAAGAGGCAAAUCACAAUUGAGGAAGGUGAACAGAGGGCUAAAGAGCUGAGCGUCAUGUUCAUAGAGACCAGCGCCAAGACGGGUUACAACGUCAAACAGCUGUUUCGGCGCGUGGCAGCUGCUCUCCCUGGAAUGGAAAGUAUGCAAGAAGCAAGCAAAGAAGGGAUGAUCGACAUCAAGUUGGACAAACAGCAGGAGCCCCAGACUACUGAAGGCGGCUGCUCCUGUUAAUACUCCGCAUCGUCCUGGAAAGAAAAACCCAUCAUUCACACCACAUGCUUGUUAUGUUGCUUCCUAUUGGUUAACCUGCAGUUGACUUUUGCACGUUGAGAUUCUGGCCUCCUCACCUGACUAUCGGUCGUCAGUUGGAACUAGCAAUAUGUGAAUUUGGUUCUAAAGUAGUGCAGCCUACUUUGUUAAUGAAACUGCCAAAAAGUCUUACAACUUGCAACAACAAAAAAAGAGAGUGAAAAAGGCAAAGAUGUGAAAAAAUGAUCCCCAAGUUACUUAUGUGGAUACAAUUUUGUAAGUAGAAAAGGAAGUUUCCCCAGUUUCUUUUUUGUAUUUUUGUAUAUUCCGGGAAUCUCUCUGGACAGGUUGUUUUUUUUUUUAAAGAAGCAAACAACAAAGCUCUUUAUCCGAGGGCUUGAUAAGAGCAGAUGGUUUUAGAUGUAUUUUUAUGGAUCCCACUCUUGUUACAGGCAAAAAUGGAGGUCCCUCCUGUAUUAUUACCCAAAUGUAAUGAAACCCUUAAUUGACCCCUGACAUAGCGGUGCCGUGCAUUCGGUCCAACAGAACUUUCUUCCAGAAACUAUAAUAGUUUGAAAAAGC